GAAGGCGGGCUAGAGCGCCGCUCGGCCCGCACCAUAGAGGGGCGGUGGGCGGGGCGGGAGCGGCGCCAUGGCGGAGGCCGCCAUCCUGCGGGUGGUGCACUGCGGGUCCGCCAUCUUCUGCCGGCGCGCGCCACCGCGCUGCCCCGCGUGCGGCCGCCCCCUGCCGAGCGGGCUGCGGGGCGCGCCCCUGCGCGUGCCCACCCCCUUCCGGCACGGGCACGAGCGCGGGCAGCGGCGGCGCCUCCUGCUGCGGGCCGCGGGAGCGCGCGACUUCCUGCGAGGCUACGACGGGAACUCUGAUCUUCACGUUGGAAUAACCAACAGUAACGGUGUGGUGUAUCAUUAUGACGAAGAGGGCAUCCACAGAGAUGAAACUGGAUGGGAACAGUGCAUCAGUAUCCCACUGGUACAGCCGGACAUGUUUGAGCUUCUUGAACAGUGGGAUAAGCUCCUGGAGGAAUUUUCGGUAGGGGAGGCCUGGCUUCCUCACAGGUAUGAUGAAGAUGCCCACAACUGCUACACGUACGCACUGGCAUUCAUUAACAGCAUCCUGACCACCCUCGGGAAACAGCAAAUGAGCAAGAGUGAAUUCACAGAGAAAUUUGUGAUCCCCCACACAAAGAGAGCUUCCAAAUACAUCACUCUGCAUCAGGAGCUGUCAGCUAAGGAGUUCUACAUUGUUCCCCUUCCCGAGCAAGAAAAUCAGUGCUGAAAAUGACAUGCUGCUGUACUCAAACAUUACAACACGCAAUAGGAAAGGAAGUCCUAAAACUCCAAAACUCAAGGGUUUCAGAUGGGUGGUGUACUAAAUGUGUUUACAUGUUGAGCUGCACAUCAUGGAAGGACUGGGAAACAACUGGUGCAUUUGAAUGAAACAACACAUACACAAUGUACAAUCUGCAAAACAUUCCUAUAGGAACUAUCCAUAUGGAAAAACAUUUUCCUGUUUGCAUUCACUAUAUGCUCUCUUCUGCCAAGACACUUAAUCCCAGAAAUCACAACUGCUGUGUAAUCAAGGGGUUUGACAAAUGAACUCUGGUAAUUUAAGAUGUAGCAAACCAAAACGUUAGGUUUUUCCUGUCACAUUUGUUUCCUGGCGAGUCAAAACAAGGGAAUUAGUGCUUGCAUGCUGCUGGAAUCCAAAGCACAUGAUUUAAUGCAGAUUCACGACCUGCAAAGUUGUUUUCCUUAAAUUACUAAUAAAUAUAACAAAUAAAUCCACCCUCUUUGCCAGA